GUCCGUAAUCUUGGAUCUGAUCAGCUCCUAGACCUCCCCUCCCCUCCCCUCCUUGCGUCACACACGGCGAUUCUUCAAUUAAUGGCCUUCAUAAAUCCCGCUGCUGCCCAAACUCGAGUGGAUGUGCUGCAGGCUAGUCGAAGCUGGCAAUUAUUUUAUACGCUAGGUGCGUCGCUCUCACGAGCCGCCGCCACAGCAUCAUGCUGGGACAAGGCCUGGACACCUGGUUAGUUAGUCCAUCGACGGCUACUGGGCAGGCGCGACGUGAACAUCAUUGCUUUCACGUCCUAGGCUGGAAUCGUCUCUAAACUUGAUUCGCAAGCGCAAUCGCGAUCGCCAUCAUCGCAAACAUGCCGCGGACCCCAACAUGGGCCUUGGAACGACGCCAAAUAGUGCCAUUGGGUUCACAGCCUGGACGAACCCCGACGAGCUGUGAUGGACGUGUAACCGGAUGGUGAAAUGUGAGCCUUUCUGUAACCUAGAGCGCGGAGCGUGUACUAGUGCGGAAGUUGGGGGGGGUCAACGCACGGGAACUGCGGAGAGGGAGGAACGUGCGAUAAGGAAAGGCGCGGUAAAGCGGGUCGACAUUUACCCGUUAGCUGUUUUGCGCGGAGAGCAUCGGGGGAACCUUCGUCCGCCAUGGCUCAUUGUAUUGUACUCCUCUCGCCACGCCUAUCCCUUUCCCCAACCCUCUGUCGCCCACACUCACGCGCCGCAUUCCGUGGCCCAGCCAGCCAGCCAGCCAACUUCCCCCAAUUGCUCGUACGGCGGCAUUGCGAGUUCGGGUAGUACCCGUCGGGCGCGACGAUCCUGGCUCCAUACUCGGACGUGGCGAGUAUUGCCACUACAUACUUGUUCUCGCCAUCGGCGCCAUUGCGGCAUUUUGUUGCGAUCAUCGGCAUUCUUCCGUCCCUCGACUCGAGCGUCCAGCUUCUAGCAGGUAGCAGGUAGCAGUCCGGGUCCGUCCCUCCCUUCCGGUCACUCCCUCCCUCCCUCCCUUCCACUCACUCCCUCCGUCCCUCCCUCCCAGUCACUCAUUCGCCUCACGCCGAGUCGUCCGUCCCUUCCGCAAGCCCAGUGUGUCCCUCAAGCUCAGCUCAACCGAUCGUACACCGUCCUAGGGUCGAUAGUGGUACACACUUCAAGUGUACGGCGGCACGCGCAGACGCUCACUUUCCACACAGUCCGAGCAAUCCUCAGUCCGAGUAGCACCACUCUACUUCUAGUAGUUGUAGCGCCCUCCCUUCACAACCGUUACCAUACUUUGCAGACGCGCACACCAGACGACGUCUCGCGGUCACAGCAGACGACGCGCCUCUGUCCUCACCCUGAAUUCACGCACCGGCGGUGUGAGAAGAUCAGCCCAAUUCGCUGACACGCGGCACGCGGCUCUGUCGCCUCUUUUUGCGGGCAUCAUUAGCAGUUAUAAUUCCGAAAUUCCGCUCGCCGCAGCCAUGGCGUCCUUGCAAGCGGAGUCGCCGGGGGAAGGGGCCUCUCAGCCGCUCUCGCCAGUGGCGGAUCCGCCGCCCGUUCUUCAAUUCGCGCCGUCGUCGCAGACGUGGACCACGGAGGAAGACGCAGUGCUGCUGCGCCACGCGCUCAAGCACGGCACGCGGCAGUGGGGCCGCCUGGUGCGGGGCAAGCAGCUGGCGCGCGGCAACAAGGCGUGCUGCAACCGAUUCAUCUUCCUCAAGAAGAAAUUCGCUCAGAAGCACGCCAUCGUCGCCUCGCCAGCUCAGCAGCAACAGUUCAAGCAAGGCGCGUCCAUCGUCCUUUCCGCCAGCCAACCAGAGCGGCACACGUGGAGUCGCCCUGACGUGGCGUUGCAAUACGGCGGGCUGUCAUUGGACGAGUGCAUGCGGCUGUUCCUCCCCCCCGCCCUCCGAGGCGUCGUGGUGUCAUCUGAUGUUUCACCUGACGUUUCACCUGACAGCGCACCGGCACCUGUACCUGCUGCUGACGCUACUGCUGCUGCUGAUCACCCUGCCGAGGCUGACAGCGCAGAGCGCGAGCAGGUGGUGGCCGUGGGGGCAGCACGUGUAGCAGCAGCAGCAGUGCGGAGCAACACAGCAGCGGCAGCAGACCAGCUGGCUCACCUGCUGAGCAUGGAUGCACAAGCAGUGCGCGUGCGCACCACGGGCCCAAGCCACUCGUACCCCAUGGACCGAGGCGUGAAGAGGCAUCGCGAGGCCGACAUGGCGACCAGUGCGGGCCGCACUGCCAUCCUGUCCGCCAAUCAGCUCCAGGGCCUUCGGGGCGUUCAAGGCCUUCCAGGCGUUCAAGGCAUUCAAGUUCAAGGCGUUCAAGGCGUUCAAGGGCUCCAAGGUCUUCACCGGCUUGACAGCUCGGUGGUGGAGUUGUUGCUUGGGCGCGCCGACAGCCAGAGGCGCCAGCUACAGGCAGAGGGCAGGCCGACGCUUCCGUCCUCCUUGCUCCUCGCUCUUCUUCUCCAGCAAAAGCAGCAGCAACAGCAACAGCUGCCGUCACUGCUCUCGCAGGGAACAUUGGGUGCCGAGUCAAUGAGGUCAAUGCAGUCAGCACAGCCAAUCCAGUCUCUUCACGGAGCACCACUCUCGGCAGCCGCCCACUGCAGCAGCAUCAACGCGCUCUCGUCAGCCGCCGUCCCCGCCCUUGACUGGCCUCCCACCUUCUCGCCCUCCUUCUCACCCCUCAAGGCCUUGGAGACUUUCAAGUCCCUCGAGCAACCUCUCAAGUCCGCCGCUGUGUCGCGCCCAAGCACCUCGCUGCCUCUCCUUUCCCGCCGCCGUGGCGCUCCCCUCUCAUCCCUGGAGUCGUCCACAUGGCGCUCCGCCGCCCACAUGAAUGUCGCCUUUGGGUCGGUGUCAAGCUCUCCCUCUGGACAUUCUACCCACCUCAACUCUCCGCACUACCCUCUCACGCCCCCUCCUUCCUCACACCUUCACGCAACUGCUCCCAUCACCCCCACGUCACCCCCAGCACCUGCACCACCGCUGGCUCCAGUAACCCCUUCCGCCCUCAAUCCCGGGCUGCCCCUCCCCUCCUUCCCCUCUCUCUCCGCGCUCCAGUCCGCCCUCCACACUGCGCCGCACAACGUUCCCCCGGCUGUGCCGGACCACUCGCACCAGUAUCCGUCCCGCACCGCCUCCCCCAGCAACGCCGCUUCCUCGGCUUCUGUCAGCGGCUCCCCACAUUCCUCCCAACUCUCCCCCAAGCGCAACAUCGCUCCGGUGGAAGUGCAGCAGCCGCAGGCGGCAGCAGCACCGCCAGCAGCUGCAGCCCAACCUGUCGCAGCAGCAGAAUGUGCACAGAAAGCAACUCUGUUAUGUGCAGGAGACGCACCUCCCUUGGAUUCUUCUACGCUGGCGGACAUGAGGCCGCAUAAAACUGCCCGGACGAGUCGAGGCGUGCUGCCCCCUGCUGCUCUGGAAUUCGCCCGUUCUUUUUUUUCCCACCUGCCCGGCAGUGGUGAUCCCGAGGGAGGCAAGAGCAGUGAAGGGCGCGAGUCAUUGGAUCACACACGCACGAGUGCGAGGCAGGGUAGCCUUGCAGGCAACGCUGACACAGAAUAUGGAUCGCAGUUUGGAGCUGGAGCAAUGGAGAUGCCUCAAGUGGCUCUCCAACCUUCAGUUCUGGCCACGGCUGCCGCAUCAACUGCUUCUCCUGCUGUAAGUGCUUCGCCUGCAGCUGCGGCUGUUGCUGCAGCUGCGGAGGGCACGUGCCAUGGGGAGCUAUCCAUCUGGAAGGAUCUGAUAGAGUUGGAGGUGGGGACUGAGGGAGGCUUGUGCUGUGAGGAGAAGAUCAAGGCGUUGACAGUGGGCUCUUUCUGUGAGCUGGAAAACCUUUUUUGCGAGGAAGAGCCGUCCAAUGUGGCACCAUAUGGUAUGGUGUGAAGCGUGCAGAGAUUUUGAGCCCUGUAGUGUGAAUUUGGGCUGUUGUGGCUGGAAGAUAUAUGGUGUCACACAAAGCCUGCCAUUGAGAUGCAUUUUCGUCGUUUGUUUUUCGUUGGCAUAUGCUUGUGUCAAUGUGUAGACAUUGUUUUGAUGAGUCAUUAGGAUGCGACUGUAUAGUUUCAAACA